CGAGCCAGGCUGUCAAGCAGGAGCAGCAUCCUCCUCGACUGACGCUGUUGCCUUCUUUCGGGAAUGACCCGUGAGAGGCGGAGAGAGGGAACGAGGAGGUGAGAGAGUGUGGGAGAGGGAGACAAGCAGAGGCACACGAGUCGAGAGGAGCUGAGAGGGGGAACAGAGUUCGACAAUUCCGGUCUUGCAUGGUCGGGAUACUCGGAUUCCUGUGAAGACUGUGUUGGAUCGGCACGAUUGAGGAUGGAUAGACCCAACAAAGCCAACCCUCUUCCAAGUUUGGCUCUACGGUGCACUGGAUUCGAAGAUCUAUUGUUCAAGUAGUCAGCAGCGGGUUGGAUCAAGACAUCAUCAUUUAUGACACCCUGAAGUCCUACUUGCGCAGAAAACUUGCCGGGGGAACCUUGGACAAACAGAAGAGUGUCGGAACACCUUGUACGGACCUCGAGCCUGAGGGUGGUCUGACCAUGAAACCUUCAAUCACUGUGGUCCCGCCCUCCGGCCUUCUGCUGGUCCUUAUGUGCUGCCCCCUGCUGGGCUUAGUGCAGUCCGCCAGCAGCAACAAGGUCAGCGACAAUGGACGCCCCACUCACUUGAGCGAUUCGGACCCGCAGCGCUGCAUGAGGCAUCACUUUGUUGAGACAAUCAGCCACCCCAUUUAUAAGUGCAACUCAAAGAUGGUGCUCCUGGCACGCUGCGAGGGCCACUGCGGCCCAACGACCCGCUCGGACCCGCUCAUCUCCUUCAGCUCGGUGCUCAAGCAGCCCUUCAAGAGUACUUGCUCCUGCUGCCGCCCACAUACAUCCAAACUCAAGGCUGUGCGCCUGCGCUGCGCCGGUGGAACUCGCAUCACCGCCACGUACCGGUACAUUCUGGCCUGCAACUGUGAGGAGUGCAGCUGAGCUGAGCUAAGCUGGUUGAAGGGGAAGGGUUGUACCCUCUCUCUCCCGAACUCUAAAAGACUCCCGUAUCAACCGACUUUUUGAGGCCACCUAGAACUUGAACUGAAUCCAAUGUUCUCUAUUACUCUGCAUGACAACAAAACAACUUUGCUUGUUAAAGAAACUAAACAAAAAUAGAUCAUAGCACCAUUCGAGGCUCAAGGCUUCAUGGUGCACAUAUGCACCGCAAUUGUUCCACCAACCCUUACUCCCAUAAAUUUUUACCCAUUCCCCUCACAGGGUUUCAUCUUAUGGUGUAAACCAUGACAGGCACUGGCAGGCAAAGACGUCAGGUGAACUAUAAAAAGAAGUAAUAAAAAGUGCGAAAGAAAAAAAGAAGGUCAUGCCUGUAUCACGGUGGCAGUUUUGGACUCUUCAAGGACUGUUUGAGGUGCUUGUUAAAUGUCGUCUAUUUGAAUCUAAUUCUUCCCAUAAUAUCAUGCUGGAUUUAUGCAAGCGUCCUGUAUUCUGUCGCUUGGUAGAAACUUGACACUUUCCUCGUGGAGUUCCUGCUAAUCUGUUUAGAAGAAUAUGGAAUAUCUAUCCUUGUCCCAUUUGUGCUUUUCUCCUUCCAUAAAACAUUAAAACAACAUUUCGGCAAUGA